AUGGAUCAUAACGACUCAUCAUAUUCCGAACGACCAGCUAAAAGGGUUCGACAGGCAUGUGAACCAUGCAGACGGAAAAAGGCCAAAUGUCCUGGUGAGCAGCCAGUCUGCUCACUGUGUGCCAGACUGCGACAAGAAUGCAUCUAUGCAGAGGAAAGACGUCGGCCACAAGUCCCAGAGGAGCCUGUAAGGCCCAAUUUCGUGGGCCAGACAGCUCCUCAGUCUCUGGAGGAUCGAUUGCGAAGCUUGGAAGGGAAGCUAGGUGUGGUCAUUGAUCAUCUAGGAGUCGGCUCGAGAGGAAACCCGCCAGCAGCGAGUACCACACAACUAUCCACUGGCCUGACCACGUCUGGUCCAAGUGUAUCUGUGGUUCUACCUCCUUGGGAAGAAAUAAUUCCUCUGGCCGAGCUAUAUAUGCUGUAUUGUGAAUCCCAACCUCUACCUUUGUUCCACAGGAGCAGCUUCAUCGGCAGCCUCCAAACAAGAGACAUCGAAAUCAUCUACGCGAUGUUAGCUUUGAGUCUACGGUUCUCGAACUCAUACCGCGAUACCCGUACUCUGUCUGAACAGGUCAAUAGCUAUGCCGAAGUAGCACGUGGCAUGGUUAUGAAGCGAGUCUCCGAAGGACCAGUCGAGGUUUCGACCCUUCAAUGUCUUUGUCUGUUGAGCUUGGUUGAUUUUACAAAUGGCAAUACGCAUCGUUCUAGCAUCCACAGCAGUCUUGCCAUGAAUCUAGCCCAAUGCGCAAAUCUCGGGCUGGAGCCUCGCGCACCAAUGACCAACAUUCAUCGUGAGGAACGCAGACGUUGUUUCUGGAGCAUAUGCUUGCUGAAACGACUUCACGACGGUGGCUUCUCGAUCGAUAUACCCGAAGGAGGAGGCCCGGCAUACCCUGAGAGUCCGACACGGCCUGCGCGGAUGCUCUCACCGGGUCCCACACCCCCGGAUACGCGGAGAAGUGAUAUUCAAGACCAGGGUAUUCUUGCCUAUGUCAUUAUGCUGAGUGAGGCCUUCGCAAGGACGGGACGAUAUGUCCGACUCCAUGGACGACCAAGCAAUGUGCCCCCUUGGUCUCCUCACUCGGAAUAUUCGAAAAUCAUCGCGCUGCAAAUGGACCUAGAGACGAAGAUGCCUCUCACACAUCGAUUCAAGCCGGCAAACCUCAGUGACAGAUCCCUAGAGGAGCUGCAAGCUCACCGCGAAUACUGGGGACCCUGGUUCCUAAAUCAAUUCAUAUACCACACCAUGCUCUGUCUACUAAACCAUCCACUCCUAUUAUCUCUCAGCCUACGCACAUUCCGCAGCACCAUCCCCGAGAUUUUCCUCCAACAUACCUCCGAUUUGAUCUCCACCCACACGACCUGGAUCAUCCACUUCAUCAACUACUUCGAAGAAAAAUCCUUCUUCGUCUCCGACCCCCUCCUAGGCUACGGCGCCGCCGUCGUAGCCACAAUCGAACUCCAACUCAGUUUCACAGAAAACCCAACAAUCCGCGACCAAAAGCGCGACCGCUUCACCAAAUGCGUCAAAUUCGUCCAACAAAUCGGCGAACGAUGGCCUCACAUGUCCCGCCUCGCCCAACGCCUCCAACACCUCGAAGACGCCGUCUCAGCAACCUACCAAUCCGACCCGAACGCCCAAAACCAAAGCCUCCUCAUCGACCUCUCCAAAUUCUGGGAAAUCCUCGAAUACUCCUCAAACAGCGACGCAGAUUCCGCCCGCCGGCUGUUCGGCGACUCGCUCUACGCGGGUCCGUCCACGGCGAACCCGGAAGUCUCGCAGACUUCGCCGUUACCUGCGCCGACGCGGAUUGGCGAGGAGAGGCCGGGGAGUUUGCAGUCGCCCAGUGGUGGCUUUGGGGCUAGUGCUGCGGCUGGGUUUGCGGAUUAUUCGGGACAGUCGUUGGUUUCGCCGCAGCAGCUUACGUUGACGAAUGAUGAGUUUUCGAUUUUGGCGACCAACUUUUUCUCGCAGGGGCAGGAGUUUUUGAGGGGUGGGGAUACUUGGACUAAUAUUGGGAAUUUCUAG